AUGCAUCCAUACUUCAGAAACUCUGCUUUCUUACGGUUGCGUACAAGACAAACUCCGACGUUUCUCGCACCCUUCUAUCACUUCGACAGCAGAUCAUUCAACAUAUUGCUUCGGCACCUGCGAACAUGUCACUAUAAUCCUACGGCUCCUCUCAUAUCAUAUUGGUCUUCCUCGUGGUUGAGGUUGGAAUCGUUGGUGGUAUUCGCGGGUCGUGCCUUCCAUGUUGAUGUUAAGCGAGUUCCGAACACGGAAGGAACGGUCGAGACUGCCCUCUUGAACCUCCGUACAUCUUCACUCCGGAUCCUUCAUCUCUUCUCCCUGAAAACCACGCAACAUUCAUUCCUUGUCACCAGUCCUUCUGCGAGUACAAGGACGUUGACGGUGUUCCUAAUUGCGGCUUCGUCGUCUCGAGAUCUUGCUGCACUUGACGCGUCCGAGGGUUGA